CAAGUUGGGAGUGUUUUGUGGAGCAAUAAAAAUAAAGGUGGUCGCCGCUCUAUUUCACCCCACGAGCUCUCCCACUGAGAGCAAUAUCCAACAAAAUUUUUUUCCCUUUUCUCUGUGUUUGAGUAUCUCAUCUCAUCUAUUCUUUCAAAAAAAAAAAAAGAGUAUCUCAUCUCAUCUCAUCUCAUCACUUCACUUUAUUUGUUUUUAUUCGAUAUUUUCUCUCUAGAUUUUGAGGAUUCACUUCGGCUUUCUCUUCUGUUUUUGCUUCUUUGAUUCAGCUAAUAGAGUAAUUGUUGUGAUGGGCAAGAAAAAGCAAGAGGAGAGUGGUGCUACUGCAAAAGUUAAGGGAGGCAGCAAAGAUGUGAAAAAAGAGAAACUCUCUGUUUCAGCUAUGCUUGCUAGCAUGGACCAGAAACCUGAUAAUAAACCAAAGAAGGGGGUUUCCUCUUCUGCAAAACCCAAGGCGAAAGGCCCAAAGGUUUCAUCUUAUACUGAUGGCAUUGAUCUCCCACCCUCAGAUGAGGAGGAGGAGCAGGAGGAGUAUGCCUCUGAGGAAGAGCAAACACAGUCCAAUAGACACCAAAGGCAGGGCUUGAGGCCUCUUGAAACCUCUAUAAGUGAAAAGGAGCAGAAGAAGCGUGAAAAGAAGGAAAUGCUUGCUGCACAAGCUGCGGAACAGGCGAAACUGGAGGCCCUUAGAGAUGAUCAUGAUGCUUUCACAGUGGUUAUUGGUAGUCGAGCUUCUGUCCUUGAUGGUGAGGAUGAAGCAGAUGCUAAUGUCAAAGACAUAACUAUAGACAAUUUUUCUGUAUCGGCUCGUGGGAAAGAGCUUCUAAAGAAUGCCUCAGUUAAGAUAUCACAUGGUAAAAGAUAUGGUUUGGUUGGACCAAAUGGGAUGGGCAAGUCUACCUUGUUAAAGCUUCUUGCAUGGAGAAAGAUUCCAGUUCCGAAAAAUAUUGAUGUGCUUUUGGUUGAACAGGAGGUUGUUGGUGAUGAUAGAACUGCCCUUCAGGCUGUUGUUUCUGCUAAUGAAGAGCUACUUAGGCUUCGAGAAGAAGUUACAGCCUUACAAAAUUCGUCUUCUGGUAAUGGAGGAGAGGAUGACAGUGAUCUUAAUGGGGAUGAUGCAGGAGAAAGGCUUGCAGAACUGUAUGAUAAGUUGCAGAUCUUGGGUUCAGACGCUGCUGAAGCACAGGCAUCUAAGAUUCUUGCAGGGUUGGGUUUCACCAAACAAAUGCAAGGUCGUCCUACUCGGUCUUUUAGCGGUGGCUGGAGGAUGAGAAUAUCACUAGCUAGGGCACUCUUUGUGCAACCAACACUUCUGUUACUGGAUGAACCAACUAACCACCUUGACCUUAGAGCUGUUCUUUGGCUAGAGGAAUAUUUAUUUCGCUGGAAAAAAACAUUGGUGGUUGUUUCUCAUGAUCGAGAUUUUCUUAAUACUGUUUGCACUGAUAUUAUUCAUCUCCAUGAUUUCAAGCUCCAGUUCUACCGUGGAAAUUUUGAUGAUUUUGAAUCAGGGUAUGAACAGCGUCGUAAAGAGAUGAAUAAGAAGUUUGAAAUUUAUGAAAAGCAGGUAAAAGCUGCAAAAAGGUCAGGGAAUCGAGUUCAACAGGAGAAGGUAAAAGAUCGAGCGAAGUUUGCAGCAGCAAAAGAAGCAGCGAAGAGCAAGGGAAAGGGCAAGGGCAAGGUUGAUGAGGAUGAAACUCCAGCUGAGGCCCCGAAGAAGUGGAGAGAUUACAGUGUGGAAUUCCACUUCCCUGAGCCUACUGAACUAACUCCACCCCUUUUGCAGAUAAUAAAUGUAAGCUUUAGUUACCCUAACCGGGAGGAUUUCAGGCUCUCAGAUGUUGAUGUGGGUAUUGAUAUGGGGACUCGGGUUGCCAUUGUUGGGCCUAAUGGAGCUGGUAAAUCUACUCUCUUGAACCUGAUUGCUGGUGAUCUAGUUCCAACAGAAGGUGAAGUACGGAGGAGUCAGAAAUUGAGGAUUGGGAGGUAUUCGCAACAUUUUGUUGAUCUACUAAUUAUGGAGGAGACGCCAGUGCAGUAUCUGCUUCGUCUUCAUCCAGAUCAAGAAGGACUUAGCAAGCAGGAGGCUGUUCGUGCAAAACUUGGGAAAUUUGGACUUCCCAGCCAUAAUCACCUCACUCCAAUUGCAAAAUUAUCUGGAGGACAGAAAGCUCGAGUUGUCUUUACAUCAAUUUCCAUGUCAAAACCUCACAUAUUGCUGUUGGAUGAGCCCACAAACCAUUUGGACAUGCAAAGCAUAGAUGCACUAGCUGAUGCGCUUGAUGAGUUUACUGGUGGAGUAGUCCUGGUAAGUCAUGACUCAAGGCUCAUAUCACGUGUCUGCGAGGAUGAAGAGAAGAGUCAAAUUUGGGUAGUAGAUAAUGGGACUGUGAACACUUUCCCUGGUAGUUUUGAAGACUACAAAGAAGAGCUGCAAAGAGAGAUUAGAGCAGAGGUUGAUGAUUGAUGUGGUAUUGAGUUUUCCCAACAAAAAAUGAAAAAUUAUAUGUUUAACCGUAUAAAUGCAUUAAGACCUGCAUAUGGUAUGAUGGUUCACCCGUAUGGAGGGCUUGUUUGAAAUUCAGAGACUAGGAAUUUUGCAUUGUACGCUAGGAAUAAUGCAAGUGUCGUGUCGGUUAUUAAAUUUUGUUGGAAUUUGUAUUUGUGUUGUUAUGAAAUUCUUUUUGAGGUUGUUAUAACUGUAAUAUUUUUGCCAGAUUAUCCAAGAACAAAUGCUGUGUCGGCUUUAAUUCC